GGAGACACAGCUGUGAUACUCUCGGGUUACGUCGAUAAGAUUGAUGGGAUGAAAACUGUCAGCAAUGGAAAAAAAACAUUGCUGAAGUUUGUCAUAAACAAUGGGGACGGAACGAGGAUUCGUGUACUGAUGUGGGACAAUGUCGCCAAGGUCAACUCACCGAAGAUUUCCCAUCACCAGAAAAUGUAUAUCACUAUGGGUUGCAUUACUCCUACAAAUGCUUCUUAUCAUGGGAACGAAGACGUUGUUGAUGUGGAGUUCAAUGCUCAGGCAGCGAGUACCAUCAAAUAUCUGGGAAUUCUCGAAGGAGCUGGAAUUAUUGUCCCAGAAAAUUACCCGGAAGUUGCCAUGGAAACUCUCCUUCGUAACCAAGACGCUCCAGUGUCAGUUACUGGGUUCAUCAAGAGUCCAUUUGUUGAAGUUGUCUAUUUCUCGGCUUCUUACGGUGGAGGCAGCAUUGUCAAUGGUAAACACAGGCUCGCUGUUCAAAUUGCCAUCUUCAAGGACAAGAAAGAGAUCGAGGUUGGAACGUGUGUCAAGCUCAUGGGGAAACUGAAGUCCAGGAUCAUGAAGACCAACAAGUCACAUGUCGAGUACUACUUCGAAGUCCCAGACAUGAAUCACAUCGUUGUCAUCGAGGGAAAAACGGCUACGGAGGAAGAAAUGUCCAAAGCAAUCAUCUCAGCGACCUCCAAACGCUACUCAACUGGAGAUUUACCGGAACCAAAACGUCGCUCGAACGUUCAGGAUGCAGAAGAGAUUCAGAGAAAGAUGUCAAUUGAGAUGAAUGAAAUUCAGAGAGACAUCUCGAUGGAAAAAUGGAAACACACGUACACCCAUCGCUAG